AUGGAGAAAGAACGAAAUCUACAGAACAAUGAACGAGUGAAUUUAGAUACGAUAUUGAAAAAUGAUAUCGGACAAUUUGGUAGAUUUCAACUGAGAAUGGUGGGCCUGGCCGCUCUGAUAGUCGUGUUCAUAGGAUGGUCGACCAGUGAGUACCUGUUCACGGUAGCUCGGAUUAACACGAGAUGUCUCAUCCCCGAGUGUGAAAAUAGAGAGGAUGCGACGUUUUCACCAUCUUGGGUGCUGAAUGCAAUACCAGCUAGUGGUAGCUCGUUCGACAAUUGUCAAAGAUUCGCUGAAUCUGAAAUUAUAUCUAACUUGACAAACGAAGUGUGUCCAACGGAAAUGUUCAACCGCGACAGACUAAUUAAUUGUGAUAAAUUCGUUUACGAAAACACUUAUUCAGUUGUUUAUGAGUUCAAUUUAGCUUGCGAUGAAUGGCGUCGAACGCUAGUUGGGUCAAUGCGGACGCUGGGCACUCUAGCGGCUCUUCCAAUAAUUGGCUUCAUUUCGGAUCGAUGGGGUCGCCGUGCUGCUGUCGUCGUAAGUUCCAUUAACGCCGCAUGGCUGGGACUCACCAGAUAUUGGGUUAACACGUACACAGGAUUUCUCAUUCUGCAAGUAGUCGAAUCCAUGUUUGGUUCUGGAGGAUUUUCAAGCUUUUAUAUUUUUUUGAUGGAGACCACAGGACCUAAAUACAGAGUCGUGGCUGGCGCUCUUAUGAAUACUUUCUUCGCUGUCGGUCAGAUGACUACAGGUCUCAUAGCAUGGGCUGUCCCUGACUGGAGAAAUUUAACUCUGACCUUGUAUAUUCCUCAAUUUCUUGCAAUAGUGUAUUUGUGGAUUAUGCCGGAGUCAGCUCGAUGGUACAUCAGCAAGGGUCGGUAUGAUGAGGCAGAAAAUGUAUUAAAAAAAGCUGCACGUAUUAAUAAAAAAGAACUGUCUAUUAAUUCUCUCCAGGCGUUAAGACAUAGUGCUGAGGAAGAAAAAAGAAUUAAUGAAAUACUAGAAAUACAAAAAACACAGGAACCCUGUCUUGCUGUUCAAGUAUUUCGCCAUAAGCCAAUUUUGAUUCGAGUAAUUGUGUCUCCGAUCUGGUGGAUCACGAGUACGUUGAUAUACUACGGGUUGUCUAUUAACUCCGUACACAUGGUGGGCAAUAGGUAUCUCAAUUUUGUAUUAGUAUCAGCAGUGGAAAUACCAGGUUAUUGGACGUCUAUGUUUCUUAUGGGGAAAGUUGGCAGAAAACCCGUGCUUAUUGGAGCAUAUUGGGUUUGCGCUCUUUGUCAGAUUGGAUACGUGUUCAUGCCAGAUGGUCUUUACGGAGUUUCUUUAACUAUAUAUUUAAUUGGGAAAUUCAGUAUUUCUAUGGUGAUCUCAGCAAUUUACAUUUACACGUCUGAGUUAUACCCUACCAAGCAUAGACACUCUCUCUUUGCAUUUUCUUCUAUGAUUGGGAGAAUUGGAUCUAUUCUGGCGCCACUGACGCCGGCUUUGGGUGCAGCUGUAUGGGACCAACUGCCUUUUGUCUUAUUUGGAAGCUUCGCGCUGCUGUCCGGUGCGCUAGUAAUGAUAACGCCAGAAACUCUCGGCACAAAGCUACCAGAUACGAUGACAGAAGCAUCUGAAAUAGGCAAAAUUAGUGACUAGCAUAUUGUGCAAAAUAAAAA